UUGCAACUCCGAACUGUCAGAUUUGGCGCGCGUUUUGAAUUUAGAAUUGUUUUUUUUGUUUUGUGUAGUGAUGUGGUCUCUGUGGUGGUUUUUAGUGAAUAUGCAAAUAUAUCAAUGAAUUAAAGUGAUAUUUAAAAGUAUAGAAUUAAAUGAACAUAGAAAAGCUUUAAGAAGUGGCAGCCAUGUUAAAAGAAAAUUCGUUUAUUUGAAUUAAGAAAACCUUAUUUUGCUCAAUAUUAAGUAUUUCGUUGUUUCUUUGUGUUGGAGACUUAAUAAAUGCGACUGAAAGAAAACUAAAGUUCCUAUAAAAAUAACUCGUUGAGAUUCAAGUGAUUACAAAGUUUACCAAAACAUGAACCAAGUUAACCAAGUGACCAAAAAACAUAACUAAAUAAUAAUAUUAGCGCAGGCUACUUAAUAGUUGCUACGCUAUUAGUAGACAUUUAAAUAAACCAUAAACAAUGAGCUACCACACCAUUUACGACAGCUACAACAACAACAACUACAAAGAGUUCGAAUUUCAAAAAGACGAAAAACUCAACGAACAGUGUUGCCAAGUUAAAAACGAGCACAAAAACGGGGAGAUUAGUGAGGAAAAAGGGGAGAGCCAUGUACAACAUGUUUUGGGUCCUAGCAGAAGAUGUUUAGCUUGGGCUUGUAAAGCCUGUAAAAGAAAAACAGCGGCAGUCGACCGGCGGAAAGCGGCAACAUUACGCGAGCGACGGCGGUUACGAAAAGUUAACGCAGCAUUUGAAGAGUUGCGCAUCAGAGCGCGCGCCGGCAGUGGGCGACUGCCCAAGCUGGAGAUAUUGCGAGCUGCCAUACAGCAUAUAGAGAGGCUGCAAGCUGCGCUUAGGGCUGCUGCUGUGUUGGAGUCUGAGAACUGUAAAAGCUACAUGGAGUCGCCUGUGACGUCACAGCGGUCGUAUGACACGAGAGAAACUAAAGCGGAGAAAGAGAAACCAUUUUUAAGUAAUGACAGCCCAGCCUGUGGAGUAAACAGUCUUGCUCGAUUACGAUGCAUCGUACAAGCUCUUUCUAAUAACUCGAACUCUAAAGACACGCCAUGACACCUGUGUUUUAAUUAUGUCAAAAUGACAUUUACAGUCUGUCUUUGGUCUUCUUUGCCCUAUGGGGUCUAUAUUGUUCCUAUUUUAUGUAAUUUAUUAGAUUUUGAAGUCAUGACGUAGGUAUUGGAAUAUAGAUAAACAAUUGUAGGGAUUGAUCAGAAUAGGAUAGCAGAAAUAGAUAGUCGCCUACUUAAAACAAACAAGCUAAUUUAUAUAACGGUGGAAAAUCGCUAUUUAAAGAGUUAGGUCUUUUUUUUUGGCAGGGGGACAAUCCUUAUGGACUUCCCUCCACCUGGGGUCGGUGGAGGGGGUGUGCCGGACUCUUACCGGCUAAAAGAGUUAGGUAUUUAAAUUAUGUGAAUUUUGUAUUUUUAGAUAGUUAGGUUAAAAUAUUUAAGUUAUGUACCAACAUUUGCUCAAUAUUUGAGAUUAAAAGAUCUUGUAUUAUUUGAUA